AUGGGAAUCCCGCCCUCUAUUUUGGACAAGUCUACUCCGAAGACCAACCCUGCCUCAAAUACGCCAUCUCAGCUGGCGCAAUAUGGGCCACUCAUGAAGAUUCUGGCCCGAGAUCCGCUAUGGGAAAUCAGCCUCGAAGAUGCUACCAACCACAUCCGAGAGUGGUUUUCGGGCACCGGCUUUCUCUACGCCGUCGUCAGCGAAGAGCAGCUGCUCAAGGUUGCUAGUAACGUGUUUGACACUCUACGGGCCGUCAACGUUCACGAGACGCGGGGUCGAGGAACUCUGGCAGAGUGUCUUUUCCACAGUGAUACUAACAAACUAAAACUUGUCCUGGUCACUUGCUUGACUUUGGAGAGUGGCAAUUGCAAUGACUUAGCUCAGAGGCUCUUUCAGAGCGCCACCGAAGCUGGCGAGGGGCUUCUAUGGGGUAAAAACUCGAUUAGCAACAUACAGAUGCUGGUGUUGAUGGCCCUUUACUACUAUCACCUUGAUGAAGAAGUACGGACCGGUCGCAUGAUUGGAUUUGCAGCUCGGCUCUGCCUCGAAAUGGGCUUACAUCGCAGGGCUUCUGUAGAUCGCUUUGCCAACUCGGAAGAGCAAGCAGCGGGGCUACAGACGUUCUGGUGUGUGUACAUGUUAGAGAGAAGGACAAGCCUGGGCCAGGGGAUACCGUUCUAUAUACAGGACUGCCAUGUCGACCCCACACUACUCGCAAUGAACGGACAUGAUCCGGUGAUGACCGCGCUUCUCGACUGGACCAAACUAGCGGGCAAGACGUGGUACGCCCUCAAUAGCCAAGUCGAGAAAGAGAGUGAGCUUAAUAUCGACAAAAUCGACUAUCUCGAUUACCGGAUAGAGCAGUGGUAUCAACUCCUGGCUGACGACCUGAAGCUUGAACCCAUCCAGCCGGGGCAAGAGGUUCGACAUGUUCAGGCUGUGCUAUUUCUCCGCAAGAGCCAUUUGCACAACUUGAUCUGUCGCCCGGUGCUCCAAUCUGGUACGCGGAUCACGCAGUAUCAGAGACAUGCUCACAAGGCCGUCGCCGUUGCCAAAGAGUCGCUACAGAUGCUCUCAGGCCUCAACGAAAAUACCGCCAUCAUAAAGCGUAAUCCGCUUUUUUUCAAGCACCUCUUACUAACUGCUUUUGGCAACCUGUUGCUGGCUGUUGUGAAUGCCAGCUCCAUGUUCUGUGACAAAGUCACUGUCGACAAUUGUCUCUCUACGAUCGCAGCACUUCCUAACAUGGGCUCCCCAUUUCCGAUGGAGACAUUGGCGGGGUACACGUCACGAACAGUGCCCUUCAAAGUUACCUCAGAUAUAACCAUCAACGCCGACGUCGUGUACCCCGAGAAGUCAGAUGGCUCUCCCGCUGUUGUGCUGCUGCAUUAUCACGGUGGCUUUCUUAUCGUCGGAGAUCGGUAUUCGUUCUUGCCUCACUGGCUUGUGCAUGCCUCCGCCUCCCGUGGAUGGGUCUUUGUGACUCCCGAGUACCGCUUGAUGCCCGAGUCGACCGCACACGACUCCGUUGAAGAUGCAGCGGACGCCUAUAAAUGGGCCCUGUCGUCACUGCCGGAGAUCAUAGGCCGUCCGGUCGGUUCAAUUUUAGUCGGUGGGUCAAGCGCUGGUGGGUAUCUAGCUCUUAACACAGCCGUCUCGGCUGCUCAAAAGCCUAGUGCACUUCUGCUCAUCUACGGGAUGCUCGAUCCUUCUGGUAGUCGAUACACAACUCCCGGGAAGAAUAUCUUCGGCCGGCCGCCAGUCGAGACCGGGCCGAUCCUGGAAAAGUGGCCCAUGGCCAAGGCUUCGGGCGAAGAGAGGAAGCCUGUCUCAGCUUAUCCGAUAUCAGGCGACCCGUCCGCUGACCCCAGAUUUGCUCUUACGUCGGCACUGCACAUCGACGCCCUCUUCCCCGACUACAUGACUGGCGUCUCUGGUCUUACUCGUCAGAUUGCCACUCAAGGAGCUGCAGCAGUACCCAAAGAACACCAACAUCUAUUCCCACUUGACUUUGGGGAUUUCAGUGGCUUCCCGCCUGUCAUGCUACUCCAUGGUGCGAACGACUCAGCUGUACCGGUUGAGUGUAGCACCAGAGCCGCAGAGAAGCUCAAGGCAUCUGGAGUGCGUGUGUUGGCAGAGUUUCCAUCUGAUGCGGAGCACGGUUUCGAUGGAAGGUCCGGUAACGUCAACGUCGAGACUUCAGCUGGGGAUUCGGUGACUGCUGUGGAGUCUCUCAGGAAGGCGAUUGGUUUCCUCGAGCAGCAUGCAGCCAAAUAG